AUGAGCUCCUUCGACCUCCCGGCACCCUCCCCACCUCGCGGCAGCCCCCAGUUCCCCAGCAUCGGCCAGGAGCCCCCCGAGAUGAGCCUUUACUAUGAGAACUUCUUCCACCCACAGGGCGUGCCCAGCCCUCAGCGGCCCCCCUCCUUUGAGGGGGGCGGCGAGUACGGGGCCACCCCCAACCCCUACCUCUGGCUCAACGGGCCGGCCAUGACUCCGCCACCCUACCUGCCCAGCACCAACGCCAGCCCCUUCCUGCCCCAGGCCUAUGGCGUGCAGAGGCAGCUGCUGCCCGGCAUGUCUGGGCUGGGGGGCGGCGACCUGGGCUGGCUGCCCAUCCCCUCCCAGGAGGAGCUGAUGAAGCUGGUGCGGCCCCCCUAUUCCUACUCGGCUCUCAUUGCCAUGGCCAUCCACGGGGCGCCAGACAAGCGCCUCACCCUCAGCCAGAUCUACCAGUACGUGGCCGACAACUUCCCCUUCUACAACAAGAGCAAGGCCGGCUGGCAGAACUCCAUCCGCCACAACCUGUCUCUCAACGACUGCUUCAAGAAGGUGCCCCGUGAUGAGGACGACCCGGGCAAAGGGAAUUACUGGACCCUGGACCCCAACUGUGAGAAGAUGUUCGAUAACGGAAAUUUCCGCAGGAAGAGGAAGAGAAAAUCGGAUGUUUCCUCCAGCACGGGAUCCCUGGCCUCCGAGAAUAGCCUCCUGGAGGGCAGCCCCAAGACCGGGGAGGCCCAGGACAUCUUGGACAGUGCUUCACCGGGGACCACCGGCUCUGCAGAGAAGCAGUCCUCCCCUCCUCCGCCGGGCACCCCCUGCCUCAACAGCUUCCUCUCCACCAUGACAGCCUAUGUGAGCGGGUCGAGCCCAGUGAGCCGCCCUGCGGCCACACCAGGACUGAGCCCUGAGCCCACUGACAAGAUGGGGCAGAACGUGCUGAACUUCAGCUCCUACACCCCACUCACCAACCUCAGCGGCCACGGGGGUGGGGGCGAAUGGGCCAACCCCAUGCCCACCAACGCUCUCAGCUAUGGAGGCUCUGUCCUCAACCAGUUCAGCCCCCAUUUCUACAACAGCAUCAACACAAACAGCGUCCUCUAUCCCAGGGAGGGCACCGAGGUCUAGAACAGAACGGCUCCCGAACCAGCUGGACAUGCAUAGGAGAAAAGCAGUCGAGGUCUCCCAUGCCAGCAUCGCUGCGGUCCAAGACCUCUGAGCUGCCCAGACAUACCCAGGAAGCUCAGAGGAAUUCAGCCUUUUUCUAGAGCAUGGUGGAAACCUUCUGUUUAUCUCACAUACAUCCACACACACACUCACCAACUCUGCAGCGGAAAUACCGGUGCCUGGUAACAGUAAUCAUGGCGGCCAUUUGUCGAACACUCACUCUGCACCAGGUGCCGUCCUAGGCUCUUCAAAGGCGUAAUCAUACUUAUAUUUACAGUCACCUGUGAGAUUCCAGUGAACCUCUUCAUGUGACAGAUGAGGAAACUGAAGCUCCAGGGAGUUGAGUAACUUUCCCAGGAUCUCACAAACUAGUAAGUGGCAGGGCCAUGAGUGGAGUCCAGGUCUAUAUGACUGCCGACGUCUGGGCCAGCAGAGGCAGGGAUGUAGCAAUUGGUUGAGCAGCUAAGGAAGGUCAGUGUGAAAACUGCUUAUGGCAGGCACAUCCUCUACCUUCUGGCUGCCCUUCAAAAUUUGGCCCUAGCCCCGGGCACACCUCACCCUCGUCUAAGUCCUGAUUC